AUGCAACUGGAGGAUGAACAUUGUUGCAACAUGUUUCAUCUUGGGCGAGGGCUGGCCUGGAACGAGAUGUUGGCUGUUGUUGGCGGGGCCUUAAUGGAGAUGUUAGCAAAGAUUUUGGUGAAGGAUUGCGUCUUACGGGGAGUUUUCAGCAGUAAAGAAGAGGAAAGUGAACAAAAGUGGGAUUUCACGUUGAGCAUCCCGCAAAAAUGUACUUCAUCAACAUCGGAAUUUCAGCACCAGGCGGUGGGCGUGGCAUCUCCAGCCAUCACUUGGGGGCUGGCCUGGGCACUCAGUCCUCCUGGCGCAAGCACCAGGUUCUCUUCUUGA